ACCCGGCAUCAUGGCGGAUCAAAACAACACAGACGAUAAAGGGAAGUUCUACAGUGAAACUUUAAGCCCGUCGGAGCUGUUCGCAGCCCGCUCCCGCAGUCACAAAAUCCCCGUCAGAGGACAGAAGGACUUCUUCCCCGAUGACUCCGACGAGCAGAAGCAGCGACUCGAGCAGAGCCUGAAUGAACACUGGAGCCUCCUCUCAGAGGAGAGAGUGGAGAGGCUGGGAAACCUCGUGAAGGGCGAAUGGAUGCCCAGCGAGCAGAUUGUGGAGCUUCAGUCUCCGGCUGGGAAGUUCUGGCAGACGAUGGGCUUUUCCGCAAACGGGAAGCAGUGCCUGCUCCCCGAGGAGGCUCUGUACCUGAUGGAGUGUGGAAACCUGCAGGUGUUUUAUCAGGACCUGCCACUCUCCAUCCAGGACGGGUACGAGAAGUUUCUGUCCGCGAACACCGUGAGCCUUCAGCAAUAUCAGGUGUUUGGGCAUUUGAAGAGGCUCGGCUUCGUGGUGCUCAGGUUUGAUCCCAGUUCUGAGUCGUCGUCCUAUGCGAGGCAGCUCAACCUGCCGCAGUCACGUGAUCGAGCAGGGAGGUCGCUGAAGAGGAAACGCAGCCUUAGCCCCGCCCCUUCCUCCACCCCAACUGCGACGUGCAGCCGUGCUGAAGCUCAAGAGGAAUGCUCCACUGAGAAGAUGGAGGAGGAUAAAUGCAAUGAAGGCGAGGAAGAUAAAAAGCUUCCAGAGCCUCCGGAGGCCCAGAGUUCAGCAGACGAGGGCGGAGGCAGGAGCUGGUGGAUGACGGAUGUUCCCGGGGACUCGGACAAAGAUUCCGGUCACGGCUCCAAAUCUGGCUCCUCGUGCUGGGACUUCAGCUCCAUCUCUUUCCCUGACCUGGGUUCCACCUCCAGGGAGCACUUCCCCAGUGACCUGGCCCCUCCAGACCCCUCUCUGCUGCCCGGGGAUUUGAAGGUGGGCUUCUGUGACAUUGCCCCCUGGAGGCAGAAAAUAAACCUGCGGCAGGUGAAGAUGUCAGCCAAUGAGCAGAAGAGGGAAAAAUACAGGCGGCGGUGGGACGUCAACAAAAACAGAGAGGUACGGCGGUGCAGAAACUGGGCGGAGUAUCAGGAGCUGAUGGCGAGGCGGAAGGGUAAGCGGGAAGGUCGACCAGCACACCUGUGGAACAGGGAAGUUACUCCGUUACAUGACCCGACACAGCCAAUCGCCACAGGAGAACUGCUGGAAAAAAUCAGCGUGAUUAAACCGACUCAUUUGCUGGAGGGAGCGUCCAGGUUAAAAGAUGCGGACGAUUGGAGGAUUUGUUUCAAUGUUUACCAGCCCGACACGGUGGCCGACUUCAAGAAGAGCAACCCGGGGAAACCGUACUCACGCAUGUGUGUGUGCAGUUUCGAUGACCCUGUGCCUGACCUGCGAGCCAUGAAGCUGCUGGCCUAUCAGAGCGGAGAUAUCCCAGUGGUCAUAGCUGUGGUGGACUAUGGAGACAUAUCGUUCUACACCUUCAAAGACUUCCAGCUCCCGACUGAUGUUUACCCCUAAGAACCCCCCCCCUCCCCCACCCACCCGGGACUUUUUAAUAAACCUCUGUUUGCUGGACUGGCUGCAUUUUAUGUGAUUUAUGGUGGAAAGAUGGUUUUAGUAAAAACGAACAAACAAAAAAGAACAAAUGUGUUCUGACAAUGUUUGCAUACAGUUUGGCUCCAGUUUACAUCUAAAGGCAAUUUUAUUGAUCAUCUUGACUCAUAAGUCCUUUAUGAUGAUGAAAACAAGGGAUCAGGAAACUUUGUCCACAUUAUGGACACCAGGAUCCCACCUGGUACCUGCCCCCUGGGGCAGGGUUCUUUUGAGAGCCCCUGGUGGGCACCAGUCAAAGGUGGACGUUUGAUCCCUGGCUGGUUAAACUGGCUUUAGCUCUAAGUGAAAUUCUUUGUACCUAAGUGUUCAGUUAGCCGUGGGUGCUAACCGAAUGAAUGAGUUUGCAGAAACCAGUGACGGAAAUAAACUUCCUCCAGAGGCAUGUUGGGACUCUCCUGUAGCGCUCGGGCAAGGAGCUCUGAGUAAAGCUGCUACUCCGGCGCAUCAAAAGGAGUCAGUUGAGGCUUCACAUGACUAGGAUGUCUCCUGGGCGCCUUCCAGGUGAGGUUUUUAGGCAUGUCCGACUGGGAAGAGGCACUCUAGCAGAUCCGAGACUAGGGGUGGGUUUCAGUAAUCGAUUAAAAUCGAUUUUUAGCUUUAUUAAAGCGUUAUUGAUUCAUUAAAAAUCCUGAAUCGAUUUUAAAAUUUAAAUGUAUUCUGCCAGAAACGCCAUAAUCUCAGGUUAAACCUCACAAAACUAUUUCAACAACCACCAAACAACUAAAACGGUAAAUCACGCAAAGCGCGGACCCGCUGAAACAUCCGAGUCAGUGGACCGUCGGCUGCCUCACCCGACGGCAUCGGAGCUGGAAGCCGACAGCUCACAGACCCUGAUGCGUCGGCGGCUCCGCGCUUUGUGUUUACGUCCUUUUUGCGCUAGAUUCUGUUGCUGCAGGUUUAAUCUCUCUCCAACCAAAAGUGACUGAACCAGCAGCAAAAGAAGAUCCAAACUAAGCUUCACAUAAACAUCUUCAUGAAUUCUCUCUUACUUUUGCUGUUUUGUUUCCACCACGAUAAAAUGACACUUCCUGCACAUCUCUCCCUCCCUCUCUCUCUCUCUCUCUCUCUCUCUCUCUCUGUGUACUUUAAGAAUAAUAAUCUAAAAUUUUCUGCAUUAUUGGCUUGCUUAUUACCCACUAGUUUACCGUUGUGUACAGCGCUGUCGGGCUGUUUUUUUUAUGACUUCCGACAAGAAAGCCUCAUUUCUGCUGCUCGAUACCGAAGAAAUGUAAACUUUUUUAAAAUAAUGCUGCUGCCAGUUAACCAGCUGUUUCUUUUUAAUACUGUUUACUUUUGUUGCCACAUCUCAGUUUUUUUCCACACAUGUUGCUGCCAUGAAAUUCAAAAUGAGCUGAUUUUUU